AUGGAAGCCGAGCGGCUCCGUGCAGCUAAAGAGCUGGAGGACUUCACUGCUCCACGCUUGCUUGGGCCAGCUUCAGGUGCGGAAAGAAUGUAUGCGGUGGCCAGCAAGCAGGCCUUGAUAAGAAAGGGCCCUGGCGCGGACCACAUGGCCGUUGGCUGUUUGCGUCUCGGGAUGCGGUUUCUAGCCCGCAAGGAGGGUUCCUGGCUCCGACUUUGCCCACAACAUGUGGCACCGCCACUCGCGUCGCCUAGCGCUGCUGGCUUGCUGGUGAAUGCCGAGGAGUCGCUGUGGGUGGAGGCUGUGGAGCCGACACUGCGUCCUGUGCUUGAAGCCCAGCGAAACUUCGUCGCUGGGGAAGAACUCCAAGUGUUGGUGGCUGAGCCGGGUGAUUUCUUUGGCCACUGGAUUUCAGCUGAAAUUGCAAGCGAUGGGGACUGGCCCAGUAUGUAUCAUAUCCUGGUCAAGGCGGGGACGCUGACGAUGCGUCGGGAGAAUGUGCCCAUGUGGUACCUUCGGAAGCCCGACGAAGAUGACUGGCACUGA